GGCAAGCACUUGAAUUUACACUGACCACUCUCAAAGGAAGUCAUAGUGACAAACCGUUUUUCCCUUUCACAAAAAAAAUGGCGCCGGCUUUCGCAACAACCGCUGGAUACGGCGGAGACAGGGUGGCUCCUCCUCAUUCUGUCACCGGCCGAUUCGCCUCCGUCUACAGCGACCUCCAAAACAGUCGCAUCGACCACGCCCUUCCUCUCCCCUCCGUUCUGAAAACCCCUUUCACGAUUGUCGACGGUCCCCAAAGCUCCGCCGCCGGCAACCCUGAUGAGAUCGCGAAGCUGUUUCCGAACGUGUUCGGGCAACCGUCGGCUAUGCUGGUGCCGAGUGGUGGUUCCGACGCGGUGCAACCUCCGAUUCAGAAGUUGAAGAUUGGUGUAGUUUUGUCCGGUGGUCAGGCUCCUGGCGGUCACAAUGUCAUUUCUGGAAUUUUCGAUUACCUGCAAGACCGAGCAAAAGGAAGCACAUUGUAUGGCUUUAGGGGUGGUCCUGCAGGCAUUAUGAAAGGAAAAUAUGUUGAACUCAACACAGACUAUAUUUAUCCUUAUAGAAAUCAGGGUGGCUUUGACAUGAUUCGCAGUGGGAGGGACAAGAUUGAAACUCCAGAGCAGUUUAAACAAGCUGAAGACACGGUGCAAAAGCUAGACUUGGAUGGGCUUGUUGUCAUUGGUGGAGAUGACUCAAACACAAACGCAUGCCUCCUUGCUGAGUAUUUCAGGGGAAAAAAUAUUAAAACUCGUGUAAUUGGGUGUCCCAAAACCAUUGAUGGUGAUUUGAAAUGUAAAGAAGUUCCCACAAGUUUUGGGUUUGAUACUGCAUGCAAGAUAUAUGCAGAAAUGAUUGGAAAUGUUAUGAUAGAUGCUCGAUCAACUGGAAAAUAUUAUCACUUUGUGAGACUUAUGGGGCGUGCAGCAUCACACAUAACCCUGGAAUGUGCUUUACAAACUCAUCCAAACAUUACUAUUAUUGGAGAAGAGGUUGCUGCCAAGAAGCUCACUCUGAAGAAUGUUACUGACUACAUUGUUGAUAUCAUCACCAAAAGAGCUGAGGAUAAUUAUAACUAUGGUGUCAUUCUUAUCCCUGAAGGUCUAAUUGAUUUCAUUCCUGAGGUCCAACACCUUAUUGCAGAACUCAAUGAAAUUCUAGCCCAGGGUACUGUGGAUCAGGAGGGAAUAUGGAAGAAGAAACUAACUGAUCAGUCGUUGAAUCUUUUUGAAUUUUUACCUAACGCAAUUCAAGAACAAUUAUUGCUUGAAAGAGAUCCACAUGGAAAUGUUCAGGUUGCGAAGAUAGAAACAGAGAAAAUGUUCAUUCAAAUGGUUGAAACGGAGUUGGAGAAGAGAAAGCAAGAAGGCACAUAUAAAGCUCAAUUUAAAGGGCAGGCUCACUUUUUCGGGUAUGAAGGGAGAUGUGGUUUGCCAACUAACUUUGAUUCUACUUACUGCUAUGCAUUGGGUUAUGGUGCUGGAGCCCUCCUUCAAUUCGGGAAGACUGGACUAAUAUCAUCAGUUGGGAAUUUGUGCGCUCCAGUAGAAGAAUGGACUGUUGGUGGAACUGCACUAACAUCACUAAUGGACGUGGAGAGGAGACAUGGUAAAUUCAAGCCUGUGAUCAAGAAGGCAAUGGUGGAGCUUGAUGGAGCACCCUUCAAAAAGUUUGCCUCCUUGCGAGAUGAGUGGGCCCUAAAGAAUCGCUACAUCAGUCCAGGUCCGAUCCAAUUUACUGGCCCAGGAUCUGAUGCAAUUAGUCACACUUUACUCUUGGAGCUUGGUGGCGAUAUAUGUUUUUGAGGAACUACUGCAAAUACUAUAUACACCAGAGAUUAGUCCGGGUCACAGUAGAUGUACUGACUGAUAGUGCAUCUAUCUCUUUCCUUGUCUACACACAUUUUCAUACAUUCAGAUACAGACAGACACGAAGUGUUAAAACAAUGCUGGUUUAGUAGCAUGCAUGGCUCAGUAAGCAUGCUGCAUGCAUCAACUCAAGGAGCUUUAAGGUAUACAACUCAAAUAAAAAUGUCUUGUGGACAUCAUUGAACCUUGCACAUGUCUUAAUUUAUGUCUCACCAAGUCACCAAUAUAGGGGAUUGGGUUGGGUCCAUAACACUGUAAGCUUAUGUGGAAUAUGGUGUGUGAUAGAUAGCUGUGAUAUUAUGGAAGCAAAUAAAAUAAACACAAUCAAACAAUC